UGUCUUAAAGGUUAGAGGUUAGACAGAGCUGCAGUCGGGUCACGUUGAAGGAGUGGAAAAAUCAGAGCUCCGGCAACCAGGGACAUGUGAAAGAUCGAGAAGCAAGUGUAUCCAAUGAGAGGCCUUGUACCUGAGCUCCCAGUCUGUGGCACAGUGGCAACAAACGGGGUUGACCUGCAGUGAAGGAGGUUAAGACGAGAGAGAGAGAGACAGAGAGGACGAGUUGACACUUGGGAGCAGAAAAAGCAGAUCUGGAGCGGAGGUGUGAUGGAGAACCUGCCCGUCUACCACGGACCGAUCGGCAAGGAGGAGGGCGAGAGGCGCCUGGCCCAGGACGGGCGGAACGGCUCCUACCUGGUGCGGAACAGUGACUCUGUGCCGGACGUCUACUGCUUGUGUGUGCUGUGCAGGGGAUACGUCUACACAUACAGACUCCAUAAGGACGACGCAGGCUCCUGGGCUGCAGAAACAUCUCCUGGUGUGCAGAAACGAUAUUUCCGGAAAAUCAGGAACUUGAUAACAGCUUUCCAGGAGCCUGAGCAAGGAAUCGCCAUGCCCCUGCUCUACCCCGUCACAGCUCAGAGACGGGCUGAGGGGCCUGGUAAAGGCCUGUCGCCGGCGAGCAGCGACCAAAAUGUUUACCAGCAGGAUCAGCCGCAGCUGCAGCAAACGCCGCCACCAAAGCAACACGCUGCUAAAGGACAGAGAAACAGGAACCUGAAGACCGAAGGGCGUUAAAGCUUUUCUAAACAAUGACUUCAUUGUAAACACAAUACUGUACUGGCAUGGAGCCCACUGAUACAUUCUAUUCACUGUCUCUUAAAGUAAAGGUCAUUUUUUUCUAAUUAAGCUGCUUAAUUUUAAUCAUGUAGUCGCCUGCAGUGACUCAGAUCUUAGUAUCCCUCAAAUCUCUCUUUUUCUUCCUUGCAUAUGCGGCGCAGAGCAAGAGCCUCAUAACUUUCAGGGAUGUGAUGUAAAAUAUUCAGCGGCUCAAACAUUAAUAUCCAUUACUGAGCGCGCCAGCUGACAACAAAUAUUGUGCUCUGUUUUCUUAAUGCAAUUCAGUUGUGUGAAUGGCAAGGAAAAUAAAUGAUAUUGUUUGA